GCGGGCGCGCCCGCGCGCGGCCGCGGGCCUGCCCCGCGUCCAUGGGGCAGGCGCCGGCCGGCGCCGGCUCGGCGGCGGGCAUCGCCGCGGACGAGCUCGCCUCGGGCCUGCCGCAGGAGCUGGACUGGGAGAAGCUCAUCACCCACGUCUUCAGGCCCGAGCACCGUCCCGUGCUGCUCCUCACCAGCAGACAGCAGCUGCCCGCAGCCGCCGGCAGCGGCUCCAGGCCGUCCAGCGCGAUCGACGCGUUUCGCAUCGCCGAGCCUCCGGCCGAUAGCCGCGCCGCGUGCACUGGCGUCAGGGAGGCCUUCUCCCCGGACGCGCUGGGCGGGCGCGUGGGGCUGGUGUCGCAGAAGGGGAAGAAGUCCCUGCCCAACCAGGCCCGGCGGAUCAUGGGUUGUCGAUCCAGGCACGCCGAUCUUGGCCGAGCCAAUCCUGGGCACCUGGCUCGGCGUGCACACGCCCUCCUGCCACGGCCAGGAGGGCGUGUCGCCGACCUUGGGCGUGGCUGUGGCCGGCGCGGGCGAGGGGGGCGUAUGCACCGAUCUUGCGGCCAUGGUGCUGCCCUGGGGAGUGCCAGCUGUGGCACGGGGAGGGGCUCUUCUGCCCACGGCGAGCCUCGGCCACGAACGGGCUCCCCGCCGAGGAGCGGCCCGGGGAAGAGCCAGAGCCCCUCAUGGACCCGGAGUGGUCCCUCCUUGCAGCGCCUUGGCUGUGCAUCAGCCCCAGGGCCCAGAGGAGGCCUCGGCGGGGCCGGCGUGUGCUGUGUGGGCAGCGGGGCGCCUUCGAGUAGGACACGGCGUUCUACCUGAGCUUCGUGGACGCGGACGGCUCCGAGGUGUGGCUCGCGUGCGUGAUGGACGUCGGAGGGCACCAGAUACACACCUACACCGAUCCUGGCCAGGAUGAGCCAGGCCAGGGUCGGUGCAGGCCCAGACAUGCGCCCUCCUGAUUGUUUCAGGGCGGCGCCCCGCGAGGGCCCCCAGGGGGCCGAAGACAGCCAGACGGGAGCCCUCGCGAUGUUCUGACGACGCGAGCACGUCUGGGGGUGUGCAGGUGGCGCCCCCCCCAGGACGGGCACGGGCCCCUGGGGCACGACAUGUCGAGGA